AUGGAGGCACACUCCUUGAUCGAGCCAAACUCAUGGGUCGCCUUGCGGCUUCCUAAUGGGACCAAUCGUCUUCUGCAGAUCGUCCCCAAUAUGAUGAUCUCGCUUGGCAGAUACGGAUCUUUCCCCAGCAAUCUAAUUAUACACCGUCCGUACCACCUCACUUAUGAGCUCAGCGAGAAGAGCCCAUCCAGCGACGCUUUCACACGCCUGCGCGUUGUGCCCGCCUCCGAGCUGCAUGCCGACGUCCUCGCCGAAGAAGAUGCAGCGGCCUCAUCAUCAUCUACAAUGGACAGCGCCGCCCCGGAAGAGGCCAUAAUAUCUGCCACCGACGGUAUCGAGUAUAGCCUGGUCGACAAUGAGACUGGCGCCGUAGUUGUGCGGUCCAACCGUGAGAUCAUUGACGACAACGCCCGGCAGACCUUGACGUGGCAGGAGAUCGAGGCCCUUAAACGCGAUGGCACAGAUUCCGGCAAGGAUUUGAUUGCGAAGCUCAUGCUGUCACACACCGGCAUGGACCAAAAGACGACUUUCAGCAUGGCAAAGUACAAGCUACUGAAAGAGAAGAAGUUCCUGCGCAGAUUCACAGUGCUGCCACUCGACGUGAGCAACUUCGGGAGCUAUGCGCUGUACGAGAGGGACGCCAACAAGAUCUUGGAGAUGAGGGAGGAGAUGGUUGGCCUCUUGGGCUGCUGGGCCAACGUCCACUAUAGUAGCGCGGAUCACGAUGAGCUUGAUGCACCCGAGACGCCGGCAAAGACGGAGCAGGAGGAGAUGGACGAGAUCAAAAAGCCGAAACAACCUGAGGGGACGAGAUACCUGGUGGUGGACGACACGGGUGGGUUCCUGGUUGCUGCACUCGCCGAGCGCAUGGGAGUCCUGUACCCAAAGACGGAGGAAGAGAAGGAGGCCAACGGGCUGCUGCAAACCCAAGACAGCCACAACGAGGCCCCGGCCCCCAAGGCGCCUCUGGCCGAGGACACUGUCAUGGCCAACACACAGGGUGAAACUCAGCAAGAGUUGACGGCUGCCGUCAAACGAGACCACGAUGGGAAUCCAAAGGACGAACAGAAGCCGAGGAAACGCACAGUACAACGGAAACCCGAUUUCCACAUCCCAUUUGCGACCACCAACACCAUGACUCUAGUCCAUACCAACGGACAGCCCAAUCUUACAGCCCUGAACUAUUGGGGUUACGACAGCACGAAUCCCAACCACCCACCGCAUCCUUUACUCAACCAUUUACUGCCCCUCAGCUGGCUGCAGCUCCUAGAGCCCGAAUUGGACACCGUCUACGCGACCGAGCCCGCCGUCAAGACUGCCGACGAGGUAGCAUCGUGGAAACCCAAUCGCCGGGGCAACUACCAUCGCAAGCGGAGAAGGUGGGCUCGCACACGGUACAUCGCCGACACGGCUCGCGCAGGUGGCUUCAGCGGGCUGGUGAUGGCCAGUGUCAUGGAACCCAUCUCAGUACUGCGGGCCCUGCUGCCUCUGGUGGCUAGCGGCGCACCGGUCGCCAUCUACAGCCCGCACGUGGAGCCCCUGGCCCAGCUGGCCGACUGCUUCAGCGUUGCGCGGCGAGUGGCGUUCAUGGCGCAGCCUGAAGUCACGGGGGGUAGGACGGCGGAGGAGCUGGAGCGGUGGGAGGGCACGGACGACUUCCCGCUCAACCCAUCGCUCCUGCUCGGCGUGCAGCUGCACACGAGCCGCGGCAGGAAGUGGCAGGUCCUGCCCGGGCGGACGCACCCUGUCAUGACGGCCAAGGGCGGCGCCGAGGGCUACGUGCUGACCGGCUGGAAGGCGAGACCAGCCGAGGGGAGGAUCGCCGCGAGGGGCAAGUUCCAGAAGAAGGGGAGGUCUGCGGGCAUCGGUACGGCCGAGGGCACGCCUUCUGCCGAGGCCGCGACCGGGACCGCAACACCUACGAGCGCGGAGGCCUAG